AAGAGAGAGGAAAGAGGGGAGGGUCGUUGAGUUCCAGCCCCUCCGCGCCUGGCUGGUGCGCCUCUUCUGUGCAACUGUGCGUCACACGCACCAUGGCUCUGUGCGCACGUAGCACGCUCUUAGCCUUCUUUGUCGCUUUCUGCACACCUGGACGCGGAUGGGCAGCGGAGAAGCCCCUGCGGACUCAUAAUGGGAAACCGACUUCCAUGGCGAGGAGCCUAAGAGAAAGCUGGGAGCCUUCUAUCCAUCUCGAUGGAAAACCAGUGGAGCGCUUCGCAGCCAGUUCCAACAAGCCAUUGAGGAAUCAUCGCUACACCAGACUGGGCAAGGAGAGCCGCUCAGCCCUAGUGGAGGAUGUAGAUCCCGAAUGGGUAAAACUUGAUGGCUUUGCUGUACUGAGUGGCACGCCUGUGAGCAACACAUCAACAGGACCAGUCAGGUCAGCAUAUCCUGCUGCAAGAAAUCAAACCACAUUGAGGCGUGCUGCCCGGGUGAACAGAACAGCUAACCGUUCAAGUGCCUCUAGCCCGCGGACAUACAGGAGGAGGGCCCCUCAGUCCUCCACUGGUCCCCGGCAGCCAGAGAGAGGCUUCUUCACAAGAACAACUUCCCUGGAGAGGAGACACCAACACAAGCCUCAGUCUGACCAGAGGAACCGUUACGCACACAAAUUAACAUCUGAGUCCGUUCAUGUGGUGUCACUGCAGGCACAGAAACCCCAGGAUCAGAGCGUUCCUGGUAACCGUGCGGCAACCAAAAUGACCACACCAGAACCGCCUGAGUAUGAGGCCAAGGACAUCAGUGUCAGGGUCAUGUCUCCUAAGUCGGUCCUUAUCACCUGGGUCGACCCUGCUGUGGAAAUGGGGAAGGUUGAGCCUGAUGAAUUUAGAUCCUACACAGUAAGGUACAGGGAGAAGGGUGAGUCAGCACGCUGGGAGUACAAAGAGAGCUCCCAGAGGAGAAUGAUGGUAGACACACUAUAUGCUGAUAGCAUGUAUGAGUUCGCCGUCAGAAUCUCUCAAGGGGAAAAUGUUGGCAAGUGGAGCGUGUCUGUCUUUCAGAGGACCCCUGAGUCAGCACCAUCUGGGCCACCAGAGAACUUUGAAGUCGAACCACUACGGGGGAAAGGAACGGCUGUGAAAGCCACUUGGGAUCCCCCUGAAGAAACCAAUGGGAGGAUAAGAGAGUACAUCCUGUCUUAUGCUCCUGCACUCAAACCAUUUGGAAUGAAAAGCGUUACAUACCGGGGCAGCACAACCUCCGCCACUAUUGAAGGUUUAACACCUGGAGAACGGUACAUCUUCAAGAUCAAAGCCACAAACAGGCGGGGACAUGGACCUCUAAGCAAGGCCUUCAGUGUUGUCAUGCCAGGAUCCAGGACUGCUGUUUCACCGUUUUCAAGAACCAAGGACAGCCAGAGAACUACCUACCAGCCUUCCAAAUAUGAUACUACCAAUGACAAAUCAGAGCUCGAGUCAACAGAGGCACCAGAAGAACCGACUAGAUCCACUCAGCCACGCCACCCCGAACCUGUGAGCAGAAGGGUGCGCCCACUUUCUCAGACGCGCUCUUAUCACAGCAUCUUCUCCUCAGUAAGAGGUUCAGUCAGGAAUGGAGCAAAUCGAGGCAGAGCCUCAACUAAGGAAGAUGAGGAAGGAGAUGAGGAUGACGAAGAUGAGAGAAUACCAACAACCUCCUCUCCAGAGGAAGAUGCAACAACCAUGGAGCCUGAACCUGAGACAAAAGAACCAUAUAAUGAGGUUUCCCCUGAAUCUGAGAAUGAUGAUUAUAGUGAGGUGGAUGAGCCUCCAACCCCUGAAACCCCCAGCCUCAAAGCUUUUACACUCUCUCCAAAUAAAGACACAUCUUUUUAUCCACAGCAAAGAAAGCCCAUAAAGCCAGUGGUCCACCAAACCACAGCGUCGCAUAAUACAGAAUCAGAGGAUAGAAGAAAGGAUACAGCCUCUACGGACAUACAGAGCAAAAAUAUUUCCAAUAAACCCAGUAUUGUAUACAACAAACCUACCAUUCCUGUCACAAAGGAAACCAACCCACAGCCUGAGACAGAGAUCACACCUGUGGGUAAAGGUUCUGGGCGCACCAAUGGAUCUGGCUUUAGUGCAAGAUACGGAUCUGGCCGAAGGAACUUAGGAGUUCCUUUCAGGGGAAAUUACACAAGAGCUCAGAAUGGUCACAGACCGGGUCUAACCUCACAGUCACGUUUUCCAAGCAGAACUCAGAGUCAGGCCACAUCGCAGUCCACCCUACCAGACCAGUCAGUUGGAAGGAACAAUGGCAAAACAAUAUCUGUACCAACUCCUUCUGAGAAAUCUGAAAUCAUUCCAUCCUCCACAUCGAACACAGCUGUAACUUUAGAUACAAACACCAGAGAAUCACAAAGCUCUUCACUUAACACAGAAAAGUCAAAUAUAUCACCAGAUCAUUUAAAAAAGACAGAGGCAACCAAAGUUGAAGAACCUACUUCAAACUACAAAGACGAUCCCACAGAAGAACAGACAAAGAAAAAGGAUGCGAGUCCUUCAGAUAAAACAACUUAUUCUCGUAGUAGAAUUAAUCCCUCCCUUCUUGAAAGAUUCAAGUUGACAAGCAGGUCUGGUCCGGGGACUCGUCUGUCAUUUUCCAGACAGGGGGGCAGGACGCCAUGGAGCAGGGUAUCAUCUUCGAUAGGGGCUGGCAGACCCCCGAUGCGGGGUAUACCCACGAGAAACUCAGGGACCACAGGUUCUGUUGCAGUGACCUCACUACAGGAGACUAGUGAAGGUCCAACUGAUACUUCUUCUCGUGACUCAUUAAAAAAUGAUGAGAUGGAUGUGGGCUCUAUCAAACCGUCACUGACUGAUAAAACGUCAGACUACAGUAACUCAAGACAUCCAACCCCAUCAUCUCCCGCAAACCCUUCAAAUUCAGAUACUCGUCACUCUACAAAUGCAGAACCAACUUCUGACGACAAUAACAAAAACAAUUACGAUAACAAGAAUUACCUUGAUAAGAGUAACCGAGAAGAUGGCGGGAUCAAUAAAAAUAUUGCAGAAACUACAGUGGACCAAAAGAAUCCAGCCAUAACAUCAAUAGAUCCCAACAGAAACACAGAUGACAAUGAGAGUGUUGCAACAAGAGACACCCCUUCAAGAACUAGCUCAUCCUCUGGGGUCGCUCCACCUUACCGCCGUCCUAAUAUCGGCAUGAAUGGGAGGAUACGAUCUCCUCAUCUUGGAACCAGGUUUCCCAUCAGAUCACAAUCGUCACCAAAUUUACUCAGACCUGCGCUAACGUCAGAUCGCAAUGCUAGUAGAUUUUCAACAGCAAGGACUGGGGGGCUUAGAGAGGGUAGAACGCACUCUAUAUCUUUGUCACCAUCUUCAUCUAGAGACAUCUUUAGAGGCCACGGGAGCAGAAGUCGCUACCCUAACCUCAGAGGAAAAGCAACCAACGGAGGAACUCUUAUACCUGCCAAUGGAAAUGGUCAAAAUGGACAACCAAAUCUGACAGACAAUGAUGGAGGAAUGAGCAGGGCUGUUGGUCAAAGACUUAUUACUGGACCUGACGGGAACAAAUGGUUGGUAGAUCUAGAGUUGGGGAUUCUUAUGAACCAGGAUGGAAAAGUCCUACAGGAUUCCCAUGGCCAACCAAAGAGAGUAGUGCUUGGAGAAGAUGGACGCACUAUUUUCGACCAUCUAGGAAGCCCAUUGCUUAACCAGGAAGGCAUGGCUUUAUUUGGGCAUAACCGAGAUAGUCGUCCAGUGAUCAAUCCCAAAGAGAAAGUCCUCAUGGUCGGAGGAAAACCUCUGCUUGGCUUGGACUUGCCUCACCUCCGCACCACCACGACCACCACCACUAGAGCGCCUACCACUACCCCAGAACCCACCACCAUAGAAUGGACUACUGAAGAGUACACCACUGAAGAACCAUACCCUACAUGUCCACCAGGAACCUAUUCCAAAACAGAUGAAUAUGGCGAUCCAGUGUAUGACUCAGAUGGAAUAUUAGACUGUUACUCAGAAGAUGAGACUACGUUGCCACCACCCACGACAACAUCACCCCCAACAACCACAAUGACCACCACCACGACCACCAUGACCACCACAACAACGGUGAUUCCAACGCUAGACACCAGACCUUCUGGCCGAGGUCCUUUAUCGGAGUUUGAUGACAGUGGGAAGAGGCGAUUCACAGCUCCGUAUGUGAACUACAUCCAAAAGGACCCUGGAGCGCCCUGCUCCCUGACCGAGGCUCUGGAGUACGUCCAGGUUGACAUCCUCGAAGAUUUGCUGAAGAACGACAGUCGCGCCAGCAAUCAGAAGCUGCCUCCCAAAAAUAAACCCCAUAAUCUCACCGUGGUCGCCAUGGAAGGAUGCCACUCUUUCAUCAUCCUGGACUGGGGCCGUCCCCUGAAGGAUGAUAUGGUGUCAGGGUAUAUGGUUCAUAGUGCUUCAUAUGACGACGUGCUCAACAAUAGAUGGUCUUCUAAGUUAUCCAGUGGGACUCACCUGGCUGUGGAGAAUCUCAAACCCAACGCCAGGUACUACUUCAAAGUCCAGGCUAAGAAUGUGUUUGGCUUGGGACCGGUCAGCAACACGCUCACCUAUGUCACCGAAUCAGAUGAUCCCCUUCUCAUUGAAAGACCGCCUGGCGGGGAGCCAAUAUGGAUCCCCUUCUCCUUCCGAUACAACUCAGCCCACAGCUCCUGUAAAGGCAGUCAAUACGUCAAACGGACGUGGUACAGGAAGUUUGUGGGCGUGGUUCUGUGCAACUCUUUACGAUACAAGAUCUUCAUGGGAGACGGUCUCAGAGAGCCCUUUUAUAGUAUAGGAGACACAGUGGGACAAGGAGAAGAUCAUUGCCAGUUUGUGGACUCGCACAGGGACGGCAGAACUGGCCCCGCGUAUCUCUCUAUUACGCUGCCUUCAGCUCAAGGAUAUUAUCGUGCAUACAGACAACAGCCUGUCACAUUUGGAGUAAUUGGCAGACGAACGUCCCAUCCAUUCGUUGGAUGGUAUGAAUGCGGGGUUCCCAUCCCUGGCAAGUGGUAACACAGGGGUGGAGGGGGGGGAUACAGCUACCGAGGGCAACCGACCAUUCGCCCUGACGACUGAAAAGAAUCAAGAGACUUUUGCUUGCUGCAACUAAAAGACACCACUUUAAUCACAUGAAAUGAAAAAAAUGCUUUAAUUCAAGCCAGUGUAUCGAUGCUGUGUACGUUUUUUUCUACAUAAAGCAGUCUGUAUAUGAGGGGGAAAAAUCAUGUGUGUUCUUGCUUUGUAAAAUUCUUGUCAACCAAGCACCCAGACAACGGGUCCGUGCACAAAAUUAUUUAUCUAAUCAACGUGCAUUCAUUACAAUCAGCUUGGAACUAAAUUUCUAUUUUAAAAUGUGUGCAGGUGAAGAAUUUAAAAAAGCGCAUAACUGUUCAGGAGACUUACAGGGAUAGUGAUAAUAUAAAAAAAAAGAAAGAAAGAAAACACAAUUUAUCCCAUCAUCCGUGACAUAUUUUAUUACUCAAUCAGAGCUUGAUCAAGGUUUAGUAGUUGAUCAAUCCAAUGGGAGAGUUGAGUCAUAACACAUUCUUUAUCCAAGUGCAGCAGUUAAAACCAUACUGAAUGUCCAAAACAACAUAUUGAGCACAGAUGCAGGUGAGAAAACGCAGUUUUGAUGAUGUGAAGAAAACAAAACCUUAACCCAAUAAAUCAGAUGGGAAUUUGAUCUUUAAAAUUUACCUUGUACAACCUGUGGUUGAUAGCUUUUAGAGAUGUUUUGAGAUGUGCCAGAUUCAAGACUUAAUUGAGCUUGUUAAUGAUAAAUGUGAUUCCAUUUAUUUUAGAACUAGCAGUAUGGCUCAUUGUUGCUCGGGUUUGUGUAACAUGAACACAAUACAACCAAAUGUCAGAUGAAAAAAUGCUUUCCUUAGAGAUGCAGCUGUAAUGUAGUAAAAGUAAAAGUACACCAUAAAGGGGUUAAUGCGCAUUUGCUUUUCCAUCACUGUGUACAGUAUUGUGGCAAGUGACAUGGAGAAAAUUGAGAAACAGUUUUUAUGUUUCAAACUUGCCGCAUUCACCACACUAUCAGAAGAGACAGCAACCUUAUCAAACAGAAAGCACAGAAAAUAACAACGGCAACCACCACUCUCAGUCAUGGUUGCCACAACUGCCAAUGAACCAUUGUGGGUGUAACAUGUAAUAGGUAAAAGUCAAUACAGUAUGAAUAUCGAGCUGAGAUAAAUCCCAUAGUAGUAUUUCCGAAAAUUGCACAUUUUUAAAGUUUAAAUCCAGUGUCUUGUGUCAAAGCCACAACGUAUCAUCACAGCACAUUUAAUUUUAUACAUGAAAUUGUAAAGUUUGAAAGCUAAUUGCGACAUUGAAAUCACAAGACAUGCGUCUUUUACCCAAAAUCGGGGAUUUUCUAUGCAAUUUUUUUGAGUUUCAAAUCAAGUUUCUGAAGUGAACGUAGGCCUACAGAGAUCAAAUCCAUCUAAGAACACGCCCAGAAACAAAGUACAACUAUGUAAAAUUUUGUCAAAAUCCGCCCAGCCAUUUCGGAGUCUAUGGGGAACAAAAACACAAACACAUACGACCCCCCCCCCCCCCCCCACACACACACACAGUUCCAUUUAUAUAUAAGCAUAGACUUCAUAGUGUAUUGACGGGAUGCGGGGCCGAAUCAUAGGGGGCCUAUCGGCGUCAAAGCUGACCGAGUGGAAACACAGACAUAGAGCUUUUUCCGUUGAAAAUUCUUGUGAAUAAAGGCUUAAAUCCCUAAAUUCUUUAUAUAUAUGGACAUAAAACAGUCUCGACUCUUUGUUAAAAGCAAAAAAAACGUGCAGGUAGCAUUUAUUUUACGUAAAUAUUGCGAACUGUGAGGCUAGUCAGUAAGGAUAUUAGCGGCCGCCAUAUGCAAAGAAAGAGUUUUUUUCCGUUGAAAAUUCUUGUGAAUAAAUGCUUAAAUCCCUAAAUUCUUUAUAGAUAUGGAUGUAAAAGCAGGGGUGAAAGUGGGCCAGGACGGUCAGGAACGCAGUUCCGGUAUAAGAUUCAGGGCCGGAAUACUGUUCCGGUACACGGUGCUUUGAUUCCGAAAAUAUGACAGCAACUGUCAAAUUGCGAUGUAAAAAAAAAAAAAAAAAAAAAAACAUGCUAAGCUGCCACACAUGCAUUUCAACUCAGAGAAGAAAACAAUCUACCAACAUCAGAUUUACAUACACAAGUGUUAACAACAAGCAUAAUAAAGUGCUUAUGUACCGUAUAAUCUGUUUCCACCAAUAUUUAUUAUUGAUUUUAUUCCACGGACGGCAUGGAGGUUUUCCCCAGCUCCUGCAGUUAUCCGAGUCUGACGAUGAUGAGUCACGUCAAUUUGCGAAUGCACGCAGCAAAGCAAAACGCCUGGACUCAUUUAUCCGUUCAAUUGGCUGACAUACUGACAUGUGAUCAGCAGAGAUGGUUAGCUCUGAUUGGUUCAAAUGUGCAUGUUUUCUGUGACACCCCAGAAAAAAAGAAACUUGUUGAAUUGAUGCGACAAAAAGGGCAAUGCAACAUAAAAUGGAUCAAAUCUUUAAGAGCAACGAAAGAGAUGAGGAGGCUUAUUUAUCAUAUUUAGUUUUAUUUACUCUGAUAGGGAGGUUCAGAACAUCUUAGCUGUCAAUGUGCACUUUGGACUUAUAUUUGUUCAUUUAUGUUAGGCUACUUAAUCAUUUCCUUAUGAUUUAAAAAAGUCAAUGUUUGCGCGAACUUCAAAAUAUAUUCCAUUUCACUCUGCAUAAUAUAAGUCUUUUGUACUUAUUUUUCUGAAUGUAUGUUACUUAUAUCUUUGUUGUUAUUAUUAUUAAAAAAAAAAAAGUAAAUGUUUACAUUAACUUCAAUUUUAAUAUAUAUCCUAUGUUCUUA